UGAUUUUAAACAAGAGAACGACUUCAAAAUUUGUGAAAAAAAAUAAGGUAGUUGCAGUGCAUACAGUCAAAAGCAGCCUGUUUCUACGCGAUGGCAGCGUGUGCAAAUCAUGCGCUAUGGAAAGAAGCACUCAAGAAGGAAAUGAGAAUAUCUGAACUACAUCCAACGAACAUUCAACCGAAAGUGCUCAGAAUUCAAGGAACCUGUGAUAAGGUAUCUCUCCACAUAUACCCGCAAAAUGAAUGCUUGCAUCCAGUUACAGAAAAGAAGCAAAUAGUUCAUGGAGUUUGCCAAGAAGAUAAAAUUAGGCAUCCCUUUGUCUGCCAUAUGGUUCCUUCUGCAGCAGGUGAUACUCUUGCCUAUGUACCAAUAAAAACGGUACCGGAGAAUUUUGGCAUAGAGCCUGUAUCUAUCUCUGAGACAAAUUAUAAGCAUUCGCAUCAACAAAAUAAUCAAAAACAAAACUUCGAACUCUUCUUGCAUCCAUGUAAACCUAACAGCAGUUGCAAACACGUAAGCAAUACCAUGCACAGUCCAAGUCCAUUAAUUUGCAUGCCCUUGGUGACGUCUACGAGCAAUCCAAUACUUCCUUCAUCUGACAUUACACCAAUGAUUACAAUGAAAAGGAAAGAGAAAUUAGUAUAUCCCCUUCCUCUUCAAACACAAAGCGAUAAAACCUUACCCCUUGUCACAUGCAUGAGUCACCCCCAUACGUUCCCAUUAUUACAGGAGAAAGAAAGUAGGAUGUUUAAUAUAUUGACAAGGCCUAUAUGUCAGCAACCUCAUUACAGUGGACCACCUAAUCUACUGUCAAUGAUAAUAAAAUAAUAAACAAAGCUAAGGCAUACACAAAUAAUUGCAUUAUAAGUGAUGCUUUCAAGUUUUAAUGUUUAAAUAAAUGGAGUUUAAUAUCCUUC